UCUGAUUGGAUAGCUCCAUGCACGCACUGUGGCGCCUGCUCUGUUAGAUUUAUCCAUGCUAACAAAUUUCCUUUGUUGUGAUUAACCGUUUGCGGUUGUGAGUGUGUUAUAAUAUUUUUUAAAGAACGUCGCUGUUGUGAUCACUUAGAGGAUGAGUGGUGGAGUGUACGGAGGCGAUGAGGUGGGAGCCUUGGUGUUCGACAUUGGUUCAUAUUCAGUAAGAGCUGGCUACGCAGGCGAAGACUGUCCCAAGGCAGACUUCCCCACUGUCAUAGGUGUGACACUUGACCGAGAAGAUGGCAGCACGCCUAUGGAGACAGAUGGAGACAAGGGCAAGCAGAGCGGCACCACCUAUUACAUUGACACCAACCAGCUAAGGGUUCCCAGGGAGAGCAUGGAGGUCAUGUCUCCACUCAAGAAUGGCAUGAUUGAAGACUGGGACAGUUUCCAGGCCAUUCUGGAUCACACCUACAAGAUGCACUUCAAGUCUGAGCCAAGCCUGCAUCCAGUGCUCAUGUCAGAAGCUUCGUGGAACACGCGAGCGAAACGAGAGAAACUCACAGAGCUAAUGUUUGAGCAUUACAACAUUCCUGCCUUCUUUCUCUGCAAAUCAGCUGUUCUCUCUGCUUUUGCAAAUGGUCGCUCUACAGGUCUGGUCCUGGACAGUGGAGCCACACAUACCACAGCCAUUCCAGUGCAUGAUGGAUAUGUUCUGCAGCAAGGGAUUGUCAAAUCGCCCCUGGCUGGAGACUUCAUGAGCAUGCAGUGUAGGGAGCUAUUUCAAGAGUUAAAUGUUGAAAUAAUUCCUCCUUACAUGAUUGCAUCAAAGGAUGCAGUGCGGGAGGGAGCCCCAGCCAGCUGGAAGAAAAAAGAGAAACUACCUCAAGUCACUCGCUCAUGGCACAACUACAUGUGUAAUUGUGUGAUCCAGGACUUCCAGGCGUCGGUGCUGCAGGUGUCGGACUCUCCAUACGAUGAACAGGUUGCUGCCCAGAUGCCAACAGUCCACUAUGAGCUGCCAAACGGCUACAACUGUGACUUUGGGGCUGAAAGGCUGAAGAUCCCAGAGGGGCUCUUUGACCCCUCCAAUGCCAAGGGUCUGUCUGGAAACACCAUGUUAGGAGUCGGACAUGUUGUAACAACCAGUGUGGGAAUGUGUGACAUCGAUAUCCGACCAGGUCUGUAUGGCAGUGUGGUGGUGACUGGAGGAAACACGCUCAUCCAAGGCUUCACAGACCGGCUCAACAGAGAGCUCUCUCAGAAAACUCCUCCAAGCAUGAGGCUGAAGCUGAUCGCCAACAACACCACAGUGGAGCGCCGCUUCAGUGCCUGGAUAGGAGGCUCCAUCCUGGCAUCGCUCGGAACCUUCCAGCAGAUGUGGAUCUCCAAACAGGAGUACGAGGAGGGAGGGAAGCAGUGUGUGGACAGGAAGUGUCCUUGAUUCCACAUCCAGUCUCAGCUUCUCUGUCACCGUCUCCCUUUGACACAAGCUCAGCAUCGUCAAUUGUUCUUCUCUGACCCUGGACUCAGGAACACCUAAAGAAAAAUGCUCCUGUUUUGUAUGAUUCUUUUUAAAAAUAAGCCAGUUUGUCCUUGACAUUAUUAAAAUGGGAUUCAACUUCCUUUGUUUAUGUUAUAAGUCUGUUGCCUUCAUUUGAUGAUGUUUUACGGUUGUUCUGGAAUUGGAAGACCCUAGUUCCAGCUACAUACUGUCCAUGUGUUUUAGUUUUACUAGACAUAGUAUGACAUGGUCAGGAUCAAGACUUCGUUCAUUUGGUGAAAUUUUCCAUGUCACGGAAAAAAAAAAAGAAACAUAUGCUGCAAAUAUUUUUACAAAUGACUGAUGAGGUCAAAAAACAAAGGGUC